AAACCAGCAGUCAAAGACCCUCCAUGUGACGGGACUUUAACGUGGGAUUCCUUUGUCUUCAGUAAUGAGUCUUAAUCCCCGAUUGUCCAUUUGCUCUGGGGUGGGAUUGAGUGUGUGUGUGUGUGUGUGUGUUUUGGGAGGGUUUUAAAAGAUAAACAUCUUGGUGUCACUCUUGUCAUUAGAGCAGCAGGAGAGUGCUUGCUGCAUAAACAUCCCACACACACACACACACACACACACACACACACGCACACACACACCUGUGGGGUCUUUAAAUGUUUUCCCUUUAGGUUACAGGUGAGUUCAUGUUACAACAGGUGUCGGCUCGUGUGUGUAUGCGUGUGUGCGCUCAUCCAUCCAUCCAUGCAUUUGUGUGUGUGUGUGUGUAGCGAUGCUGGCCAGCCUGGUUCUGCACCGCUCGUCUAUUCGUCCCUACCAGAGGGGGUUUUACUGCGGCGACCCCGACCUGGAGUACCCCUACAAGAACAGCACCGUGCCCUCCUCGGUGCUCACUGCUGUGGGCUUGACACUGCCCGCGGUGUCCAUCGUGAUCGGAGAGUCCUACAGGAUUCACCAGCUGCACGAGGGCACUAAGUCCUUCGUGGGGAACCCCUACGUGGCGGCCCUCUACAAACAGAUAGGCGUGUUUAUCUUCGGCUGCGCCGUCAGCCAGUCCUUCACGGACAUCGCCAAGGUGUCGGUGGGCCGGAUGAGGCCGCACUUCCUGGACGUGUGCAAGCCGGAUUUCUCCGCCAUCAACUGCUCGCUGGGCUACAUCACGGAGUACACCUGCAGCGGCAAGGACAGCGACGUGCAAGAGGCCAGGAAGUCCUUCUUCUCCGGACACGCCUCUUUCUCCAUGUACGCCAUGCUCUACUUGGCGUUGUAUCUCCAGUCCCGGUUCACGUGGCGCGGCGCCCGCCUCCUGCGCCCGCUGCUCCAGUUCACCCUGCUGAUGAUGGCCUUCUACACCGGCCUGUCCCGCGUCUCCGACCACAAGCACCACCCCACCGACGUCCUGGCGGGCUUCGUGCAGGGAGCCCUGGUGGCCUGCUGCAUAGUGUUCUAUGUGUCCGACCUGUUCAAGCCCAGGGUCAAGCCGGCCACGCCCCCUCCGUCGCCCAUUAAGAAGGAGCUGCUGCCCUCCUCUGACAUCAUCGAGAGGAACAACCACCACAACAUGGUGUGAGGCGGCCCCUUCCUCCUCCUCCCCCGCGACAGGGCGGCCAAUCCGGGCGCUGCUUUCCUCCCAUUGGACAGUAGAAUGUAGCGGCCCCUCCCACCUUUUCCUCUCAUCCCUACUGCGGAUCGGGACUUCCGCCCGCGUUACGUUAACGACUAAUCAACGGCAAUCCGAAAGCGAUUUAUAACGAGGAAACCGACAGGCGGAGCUUGAAGGAGGUCAUUAAAAAAAAAAAAAACACGUAUUAAAGAAAAUGAAGAAAUUCUAGCGAUGUUUACUCGCUGAAGUCUCCGUGGCCUUGGAGGAGCAACAACUUCCUGUGCGGCAGGAAGGAUUUGACUGCAGCAAAAUGUAAUUUAAAGCACUGUUUGUUUGUUUGUUUGUUUGUUUGUUUGUUUGGAAGUUCACCACUCGCUGCCUGGCGCGCCUCCUGGGUGAAAACUCCCAACUUUUUCCUGACGUCAGCCCUUCAGGCUGUCCACGGAGCGCGCUCAGUGCAGCCCAAACCGGGGAUGUUGCAUUGAAUUUGAGGUGGGUGGGCGUGGCUUAUUUAAGGGGGGGGGCGUGGCCGUGCCACACCCCUCUCUGAAAAGGCCGGGCGAGGUCAUACUGCCACAUGGUGUGGGGAUGAUUGGGACUCCCCCUGCUGGCGGGGAGAGGCUUCAACGCAACCCAAUGACGGGGGGCGGGUGUUGUUGAUGUUGUUGUUGUGAAUAAGUGUGUACAGGUGUGUGAGCGUUGUGCGCUGUCAAACGUUUUUGCGUGUGUCCAAAAACAAACCCUGUGUAAAAAAAAAAAAAAAAAGUUGUGGUUCUAAAAAAAACUGUGGAUCGAUAAUGUUCCUUCUAAUUGUCACAACUCCAGUUUCGGUCGUCACAUUGUUGCACAUCUUCAUCGUACAGUCCGUCCGAUCACUUUUCAAAGACAUGAUAUCUUGUUUUUAUAUAUAUAUAUAUAUAUGUAUAAAUAAUGUAUAGAUCACUAAAAAAAAAAAAGUAACCGUGUACAUGUUUAUAUAUAUCCACUAUGAUUACAGACCUGUGUUCUCUACCAAGUGCUGCUUGGAACGCAAUCAGCCGACAAGACUUUUUGUAUUUAGCUGAGUCGACAAAUGUAGAUUGUCAUAGUAAAGUUUGUACUACGCACCCCAUUUUAUUACAGUCCAUAUUAGUAUUUUUGUAUUGUCUGGUGUGUUUUUUUUGUAUGGAAGAAAUAAAUAGUGGCAAAUGCUGUUGUUUGUUCUGCAAAAGUGUACUUAGCUCUACUACGUGUGCUUUGAAAUAAAAAGCUCAUC